GUCGUUCCUCUCUCUCAGAUUCGAUUUCUAGUACUGCAUCUGUGGGACGGAAAAGGCGAAUUGAAAAGUUAAUAGAAAUCGCAGAAAGCAACAAAAAACAGAAAAUUGAUGGGAAAUUAGCAUUCAGUGAAUUUGGCAAGGCUUCUACUAGAGUAUUUGAUGCGUUUGGAUUGGAUCAAUUUGGACCUGAUAGAUUUGAACCACCAUCUGUAACGCUGCCUGAUACUUUGGUGGAUAAAACCUUCGAGGAAUUAACGGCAAGUGUUCAAUUGAAUUUUGUAGCGCGAGUGACUCUGUUGGGUUCGAUGGCUUCAGGAAAAGAGAGAAAGCGAGAGAGAUUUAUUGACGUGUUCUUGUUUAGAAUUGCUGAACAUGUAGGCGAUGUCAAAAUUUUUCUUGAACAAGAGUUGAAUGGGAUCGAAGUUCCUGCGAAUGACAAUGUGGAGUAUGUGAUAAUGGUUAAGGAAAAAAUCAUACUUUUACUUGAAGCGAAGGCGGACGAUUUUGCUAUGGGAAGAGCUCAAAAUUAUGUGGAAUGUGAAGUUGGAUACGAGAUAAAUUGCGGACGUCAGUCGCAUAUUUAUGGUAUAGUGACAAAUUCAGCCCAGUGGUACUUUAACAAACUUGACAGCGACAGUGUGAAAGAGUGCAUAGAGCCUAUAUACUUUGAUAAUAAUGGUCUACCUACAAAGAAUUCGGAAUACCCGUAUAUGGAAAUUUAUAAUUAUAAUGGUUCAACUGAAUAUGAAAAAGCCAUGCGUUUCUUGGAGAUAGGUUGCAAUUGUGGUUGUUCAAAAAAGAUUUCGAGAGAGAGGUUUGCUGAAUUACGUGAAGCGUUUCAAGCGCUCUCUAGAUCUGAACAAGAUAUAUUUUUAAUGGCCCAGUUGAAAGCAAUGAAUGGCGGAGAAAUAACUGCCAGUCGACGAAUUGGUCGCACUCACUUCGAAAACGUCAGAAACCAUCUAGCAGCGAAUGGUAUAAUACCACGCGUUCAUGGUAAUAAUUUUCUUGAGAAUUAUACUGAAAUUCAUGGAUUACCAAGUCCCGGUAGAAACGUCAACCGCAUUACCCAAUCGCUUACACUAUUGCCAGCUGAAACGAGUUAUAAAUCG